CAUAUUACCGAUGUGCAGGUUUACCCAAGCCGGUUCUGAGGUGUCUGCCCUGUUGGGUCGUAUCCCCUCUGCUGUGGGUUACCAACCUACGCUGGCUACUGACAUGGGUACCAUGCAGGAACGUAUCACCACCACCAAGAAGGGUUCCAUCACCUCUGUACAGGCCAUCUACGUGCCCGCUGACGACUUGACAGAUCCUGCGCCAGCCACCACUUUUGCCCACUUGGACGCCACCACUGUGCUGUCCCGAGGUAUCGCCGAGCUCGGAAUCUACCCUGCAGUGGACCCCUUGGACUCUACCUCUCGUAUCAUGGACCCCAACGUUGUCGGCCAGGAGCACUACGACAUUGCACGUGGUGUCCAGAAGAUUCUCCAGGACUACAAGUCGCUCCAAGACAUCAUUGCCAUCUUGGGCAUGGACGAGUUGUCUGAAGAGGACAAACUGACCGUGUCUCGUGCCCGCAAGAUCCAGCGUUUCCUCUCGCAGCCUUUCCAGGUGGCCGAAGUGUUCACAGGCCAGGCGGGCAAGUUCGUACCUAUCAACGACACCAUCACUGGCUUCAAGCAAAUCCUGAACGGUGAGAUGGACCACCUGCCCGAAGUCGCAUUCUACAUGGUGGGCCCCAUCGAAGAAGUUCGUGAGAAGGCUGAGAAGUUGGCAGCUGAAGCCACGUAAAAAGGUGUCUUCAGUAUGCUGCUUGUACAGGACAGACGAGUGACCGCCGCUAGCCACACAUACAGACUGCCAUAGGGUAGCCAUCAUUUUUUUUUUAAUGUAGCGGAGGUGUUAAUAAAGGAAGGUCUGUGUCUUCCUUGUGACCCGGUA